AUGGCUCAAUUGGCUUCAAAUAGACUAGGCCAGAGUCUAAUUGAGACGUUCACUAUCGGUGUCGGGAAGCUGUCUGCUGUGCGCCUGGAUCUGGCGGCACAUUACAUCGGUGUAGUCAAGAAUGCGGAAUGUUUCAACGAGCUUGACAAGGAAAUUGUUGCCGAACUUGAACUCUUUAUGUUGCUAUACCGAGGGAUUGUCGAGGAGAGUAUCCCAACAAAUAAACUUCAAAGCAACCUCACCCAAUGGCAUGUUGCUAAUGAAAAGCUGCUCAACCUUGCCGAUAGUAUAAAGCUGAAGUUUGCGCUCUCUACGUUCGGUUUAUUGGCCAACAGAUGGGAAUUGUCGCAACGGCAAAAGGAAGGCUUGAAUGACACUGGCGAGACUGCUGUGUAUGAACAGAAGAUCGAGUGCAUACUAGAACACAGCCACGAAAUCAUACGCUUCUCCAUGGAAAUGACAAGCCAGAAGAAUAUCAUCCACACUUUUGACUUCCUGAUGGGCGCAUAUGCACACGUCACGCUGGUCGAGUUUUCGGACCAUCUCGAGGACAUUAAUAAGACCUUUCUUCUGAUGGAAGAAGUGCAGGAUCUUCGAAAGGACACUUAUGUUGAUGAACCAGUUUCAAUCUGGGCUAUGAACAUGAUGAGAAAAAGGGUUUACGAUGCGGCGCGACCAGAGUUAGAGACACGAACAGAAACGCUACCUGGUCUUGAUGUUUGGUGGCCGCCUUUUGAAGCUUUGAGUACUAGAAGGGAGUAUACCUCAACAGAAGUAAGCGAGGGAGACCAAUAG